AUGCACAAAUUUCGCCAUCAGGCAAAAGUUACCGCGUGGUACAAUGACCCGAACGACGAUGCCAACUUGCCCAUCAAGAAUCCCUUUGCGAAGUGGAAAGGCAAUCCCCGGGCGAAUUCUUUGCGGCGCAUUGAGAACGGCGAAGGCGGUGGCGCGCCCCUGACCACUACCAGAACAGAUGAUCCAGAUCAAUAUCGGCCGUCGUCGUCAAGAGAGAGAGCCGAAGAACUCGGCGCGAAUCCCCCAAGAAAACACCCUGCAACGACGCCGAAUGCCCGGUCGGCCCCCGCGCCGUACGCACCUGGUGAUGAAGUCAACUUACCGCGCUCGCUGAGUCCCGUCAAUUCGGAAAAAGGUCUCAGAGAGGAGUUCCCGAAUGGGCCCAAUGAAGAUGGGAUGAGUAGCGACACUUAUACAUAUGGCAAGCCCAGCCAAACAGACGAAGGAGGCUCGAUGCGCAACCGUGGCCUCGGUGAUAAAGCUCCAGAGAAACACGGUCUCAAGGCACUCUUCAGCCGCGAGUCCAAGGACGACAAGGACAAAAACAACGGUAAAGACAAGCCAAAGUUCACAGCGUGGAGUCAAAUUCGGGCCACCCUCUUCAAUUCCUGGAUCAAUGUUCUUCUGAUUGCUUCGCCCGUUGGCAUCGCAGUCUACUACGCCCACGUCAAUCCUGUUGCGGUUUUCGUCAUCAACUUCAUCGCUAUCAUCCCCUUGGCUGCCAUGUUGAGUUACGCCACCGAGGAGAUUGCUCUGAGAACCGGCGAGGUUCUUGGUGGUUUGCUUAAUGCCUCGUUCGGUAAUGCGGUCGAGCUGAUCGUUUCCAUUAUUGCUCUGGUGAAAGAUCAAGUCUUGAUCGUGCAAACUUCCUUGAUUGGCAGUAUGCUCUCCAACCUUCUGCUAGUUAUGGGUAUGUGCUUUUUCUUCGGUGGCGUCAAUCGCAUGGAACAGGCGUUCAACAUCACCGUUGCUCAAACUGCUUCCAGUUUGCUCUUCUUGGCAGUCAGCAGCCUGAUUAUUCCUACCGCCUUUGAGCAGUGGGCCCGGACCGGAAACUCCAACAGCAACACCGAAACUGCCACGACCGAAAAUGCCAAACCUGGAGUGGUGCAACUGAGCAGAGGCACCGCCAUCCUCCUUCUGAUUGUCUAUGGGUGCUACUUGUUUUUCCAACUCAAGAGUCAUGCGGCCAUCUACAACGCUCCCAGCGCGAAGAAUGAGACGCGGGAUGUGGGCGCCAAGUUCAAGGAUGCAGUCAUACCCGACAAGCUCCGUUCUAAGAAAAUGCCAGGGGCUGAGACGCCGGAGCCCGAAGCUGAUGAUGAGCCGGAGCAGCCCCAACUCUCCGUCCUUGUUGCUGUGCUGACGUUGGCAAUCUCCACUGUUCUCGUCGCUCUGAACGCCGAGUAUUUGGUCGAUUCCAUCAACAGCAUCACCUGCGGCGGCGGCAUCUCGAAAAACUUUGUCGGUCUCAUCUUGCUUCCUAUUGUCGGCAACGCCGCGGAACACGCAACUGCGGUGACCGUAGCUGUUAAAGACAAGAUGGAUUUGGCUAUCGGUGUCGCUGUUGGCUCUAGCAUGCAAAUUGCAUUGCUGGUGCUCCCAUUCGUGGUUGUCCUGGGCUGGAUUAUUGGCAAGGACGACAUGACUCUGUUCUUUGACGGCUUCCAGAUUGCGGUCUUGUUCGUGGCAGUUUUGCUGGUCAACUACUUGAUUAGCGAUGGCAAGUCGCACUACCUCGAGGGCAUCUUGCUGAUGACCUUGUACAUCAUCAUUGCAGUCGCCGCCUGGUUCUAUCCGACCGCGCCUGGCCUCAGCGACUGCCCGAGCUGA